AUGGAAAAGGGCAAGGCAGGGACGAAGCUGAGCCUCCUGCAGAAGGGAGGGGCCUCUUCCCCCAGAAGUGCUGCCGUGUGGGGCAGAAAGGAGGCAACAGGAACGGUGCUUCUCCACAAGACUCACUCGGCUGUCCUCAGCAAGCAGAGACAUGACCACAGCGACCAAAGCCCAGGGCGCCCACACAGUGCUGUCCAGGGGAAGACACCCGCCCUUCGCAGAGCAGACCUGGGGGUCCACGGGCGGGGCGGGGUGAAGGUUCCUGCUAACACUGGGCCACUGGGAGGCUCCUCAACAGCAAUUUCUGCAUCUCUGAAGGGGAGCCCUGGCUGUACAGAAACACCCUGUGAUGAGCUGCUGGCAUCCGCGGAGGAAAACAGUGUGCUGGUGAAGUCCAUCAGGACUUCCACUUUACUAGGAAACCAGCUUCCACGAUUACAAAUUCAGACCUACGUCUCCAAGUUGGGACCCGAGCGGUCCAGUCGGAGCGGGGCGGGGACCAGGAGGCGGGCCGCACCUGGGGACACCCGAGGCGAGCGGACCGCGGGGCCCGCCGCUGCACCCGUCGCCGCGGGGCUCAGAGCCCAGGGCCGCGCCGCCGCCGCCGCGGGCCGGGUUCCCAGCGCCGCCCCAGCCAUGAAGAUGCAUUUCUGCAUCCCGGUGUCCCAGCAGCGGCCCGACGCGCUGGGGGGCCGCUACGUGGUGCGCCGGGGGGGUCGGGGUGAGACUGGGCAGGGACAAGGCGGGGGCGGGGGUUCACCUCACUCAGCUGAUUCGGACUCUGAUGUCUGUUUGCAGCUGUAUUCCGUGUACCUGGACGGCUUUCUGUUCUGCAAGGUGCGUUACAGCCAGCUGCAUCGUUGGAAUGAACAGCUGAAGCGGGUGUUUGGAAAUUGCCUGCCACCCUUUCCACCAAAGUACUAUCUUGCAAUGACCACAUCUAUGGCUGAUGAGAGAAGGGACCAGUUAGAACAAUAUUUGCAAAAUGUAACCGUGGACCCAAACAUGUUGAGAAGUGAUGUCUUCGUUGAUUUUUUAAAACUGGUGCAGCUGGACACAUUCAGCAUCACCACCAAGAAAGCAUCUCUGGAUAUAUUUCUGCCCGAUGGAAGGAACAUUAAAGUCGAAAUUCUAACAUCAGAUACUGCCGAAAGAGUCCUGGAGGCGGUGUCACACAACAUUGGACUGUGUCAGGAGCUGCUGGACUGCUUCGGCCUAUUUCUCAUUCAGUUUUGCAAAGAGGGCAGGCUGUCUGUCGUGAAAAAAUUGGCAGACUUUGAACUCCCAUAUGUUAGCCUUCGAAGUUCUGAAGUGGAAAACUGCAAGGUUGGACUCAGGAAGUGGUACCUGGACCCAUCCCUUGACGCCAGGCUGAUGGACUGCAGAGCAGCUGUAGAUCUGAUCUACAUGCAGGCAAUACAGGACAUUGAAAAAGAAUGGGCCAAACCCACGGAGGUGCAGAGGCAGAAAUUAGAGGCUCUCCAGAAAGAAGACAACCAAACAGAGUUUUUGGAGCUCGCCCGGGAGGUCUGGCACUAUGGAUAUGUACAGCUGGAACCCUGCACCUGUGACCACCCAGAACCGGGCUGCCAGGCCCUUCUUUCCGUCGGCAAUAAUGAGAUCAGCUGCUGCAUAACCCUGCCUGAUAACCAGACCCUGGACGUCAUUUUCCAGAUGGACAGAGUGAAGUGCUGGCAGGUCACUUUCCUUGGGACUCUGCUGGAUACGGAUGGGCCACAACAAACUCUCAGCCAGAACUUAGAGCUCAGAUUUCAGUACUGCGAGGAUAGUCACUGGCGGUGGUUUGUUAUUUACACCAAACAGGCUUUUUUGCUGAGUAGCUGCUUGAAAAAGAUGAUCUCAGAAAAGACAGUAAAGCAAGCUGCAGAGAACCCAGAAAUGCAGAUUGAAGUUCCAGAACAAGGCAAAAGUAAAAAAUACCACAUUCAACAAAACCAGAAAGACUAUUCUAGUUUUCAGCCAAGAAAAAGCAAGAUUAAGAUAGCUGAAGUUGACUGUGGUUUGGGGACCAUAAAGGAAGAAGAUCUUUGAAGACAAAGUCUAACUUUUUAAAAUGGUCUUAAAGGUGAUCUUGACCAUGAAAGGGCUUGGAAGUUGAAAGUGGGCUGCCUACCACCAAUGGAAGAAAUGUGAGUCUUCCCAUUUUUUUUCCUGGAUGGACCAUAUUCAUCAAGACUACUUCAGAACUCUCUUUAUCUCAAGAUUAAAAGAAAAUGCAAACCAAAGUUAUACAGUUUGUUUUUAAUGACUUAUAAAUGACAAAUGGUGAAUCUGAAACAAUUAGUACAAACCCCGUGCUUUUUUCUUCCCCUAAAAUAUAUAUUGACCUGGUUUCAUGAAGCCUUUUAUAUGUUCUGAUAUUGCAUGAAUGAAAGACCUAAUCUAAAACACUACAAAUGCACUUGGGGUUAAGAUCUGAAGACAUGACUCAUCAGCUGUGGCUCUAAGAAAUGGAAUCACUGAAAAAGAAAUCUGCACUUCACUGAUCCGUCCACAGCAUCAGAACAAGAAGGUGAUGAAACACCAAUUUGUUUUCUUAUAUAACUCUGAGCCUACCAAUAAGGAUGUACUCAAAGUAAUAGGCUCCCCUGUUCUCUGUUUCUCCACAGUUGUAGUUGCAUUCUGUCUUUAGUAUACUGAGUUCAGUUCAACAGUCAUGACGCUAUUUUGGAUAUUUUUAUUUUGGAAACCAAGGGGACCCUUCACUCAAUAUCAAAUAUCUUAGCUUUAAAACUAUGUAUACUUUUUCACUAGACUUUUCCUUAUCCAGUUUCAGUUCAUCAUGAUAACUAAUAGAAUUAUACACAGAAUUAAUAUUGCAAUAAGGGAGAGGGACAGAGGAAUCAAUGUAAUCAGAUAAAGUGUGAUAUUCUAAUGUUCUUUUCUAACUGUGUUGUGUAACCAGUUAUAUAAUAAAUAUGAAUAUAUUCUAGUGAGUGUAGAAUUUAUUGGUGAAAGAAUUCUGUAAAUGAUUUUUUUGAAGUGUAGAAUCUAUUAAAGCCUAUUAUAUUUAUAAAGUGUCUCUAACCAUAACUCCUAGAGUCAUGAAGUUUCAUUUUUACAUUUUAGGCAAUAGUGAGACAUUUUUGCAAGGUGGAAUCAUCCCAGAUCACCCCUGGUGAGUGUAUUAAUGGGCUAAGAUACAUUUUCCAAUUAAAAUAGAAGCUUAUUCUCUAUUUUGCCAAUUUAAGAAUAGUCAAGUCUAUUUCUUUUUAAUAGCAAAUGCCUACACCGUGUAAGGAUUUAUUGAAGACCUUAGAAAUGCAAAGAGAAUUUGCAUUUGGGGUGAGAAAAUGCAUAUAUUAGAUGGAACCAUACUUAACUGCUGUGUUGUAAGUCAAAAAUAGUUGAAUAUUAAACCUUUAACGUGUUACAACUUGAUACACAGUUGCAAAUAACCCAAGACAGCAUGGGAGUAGGUGUCCAAUGUGUAGUGUGGUCCUGUGUGUCAUAGGAAGUUGUGGGGGGUGGUCAAGAAGGCCUCAGGUGAAGAGGGACUUUGAAGAAAGAGUAGAGUCAAGCAGAGGCAGAGAUAGGGGCACACAUGUAGAAAGAAAGGAUCAACUCUGGUGGGAGAGCAAGUGCAGUGUCCAGGGAAGGAUAAGCAAACCUGCUCUGGGCUAGCAAAGUCUGAGGUUAGGGGAGUGAUUAGGAGAUAAGAGGGACCAGCACCUAUGCCUACAGGACUGCAGUAUCCCUGUAUUAUAAGUAGAGCAGUUUACCCCUGUUUGAUGAUGGCAAAAACAGAAGCAUUGAAUUUAAUAGUUUUUUCCCCCAAGACAUUGAGAUCACCAUCAAUAUCAAAAUAGGAGAAGAAAAAUACAAGUGAUGAAGUGCAUUCCACAGUACAUACUGUGAAGAAUAAAUGAACUGAGGCAGUGGGAAACAAAAUUCCUCAGCAGUUAUGCAAGAGAAGAAGGGGCUAUUAAUUAAUUAGCCCCUGUGGGGGUUACUGGGCCUACCUGUAUCUGGAAGGAAUAGGGGGAUUGAAUCACUUCUGGAUCAAAGCUACUUCAUUAUUGGGUAAAAAGCCUGACUUCCAACUGCCAGAGUGACCUUCCCAGCGGCAGGCUCCGAGAGAAGAUGGCCAGUGAGACCCCAUCACUGCUCAGGUGAGGUCUUCACUCUCCAGGUGUGAUGCUGGGGCGGGACCUUCCCAACAGCAGGGCCAUCCACCCAGCAAGAAGACGUCCUCAGGGGCGUGAGUUAUGCAGGUAGGCGACUGCUGAAUUCCUUCGAGUAACUCCUAAGAGGUGUGGUGCGGCUUUGGAAAUCAGCGUAUGCUUCAAUCUGUGGAUUUACUCCUCAUACAUUUACAGUCGUCAGCAUCACUUCUCUCCAUGUCGAGACGUACGUAUAUGUUUCCACCCCUAUUCGGACUCCUAAAAUAACUGGCACUUUGCCCACAGGCAGACACUUGAGUCUGAAAAUUUCACAAAAAUAAUUAUGGGGAGAAAGGUCAGAGCUGAUUCAAUGGUGGUUGGGCCCUGAAAUCUGAGCCCCUUUGGGACCCACGGAGGGAAGCACAUGUGGGCUUUGUCUGAAGAGCUGAUGGACUCGCCAAAGCCACUGGUGAGCGUCCGGCUUGCACACAUCCCCAUGUGGACAAUUGGGAAGCAAAUUUUGUGUGAAAUAUGUACAUUAGAAAUUACCUUAAGCUCCCCCUCAGGGUGAAUUUAAGAAGAGCUAAGGGAUCUUAAUUUGUGGAAAACUAAAUAGGUUACUAAGCCUCAGUGGGGAAAUAAUGGCCAAAAUAAUCCUAAAACACAGAACGAAAGCAAACCACGCCGUGGCGGCAGCGACUUCUCCGGAUGCCUUCUGGUCAUCUCUCCUCCU